AUGCCCAGAGAAACCAAAGUUUCAAGUUUCUUUAUCCAAGAAAGAAAAAAAGAAAUCAACUCGUUCUUUCUGACACCUGGCGUAGGCGUGGCUUGUUUCGGUUUGCUCAUUGGCUGUUUUAUUUUUAUUUUUUUUCCUACCCGGCGUCCAUCGACAGAGGACGGAAGGCCCGUUUCAAAUCUGUCGAACAAUAUACUCCCCCGUUUCUUUUGUGAUGCCCUGACAACCAGAGAAGGCUUAGAAAUGACGCCUCAUUUUUUUUUUCUUUCUUUCUUUCUUUCAUUCUUUCUUUCUUUCUUUCUUUCUUUCUUUCUUUCUUUCUCAUUUGAAUUUUCUCUGACCACAUUCCCUAAUUACUUCUUUUUUCCAUUUUUUUCCCUUUCUUGUGUAAAUAUUUUAUUCAUACUUAUAUUUCGAUUCUCUGAUUUUAAAUUACGCGAUUCAUUUUUCCUUCCACAUUUCUUUCUUUCUUUCUUUCUUUCUUUCUUUCUUUCUUUCUUUCUUUCUUUCUUUCUUUCUUUCUUUCUUUCUCAUCCACCCACUCCUUCAUUUAAUCUUUCUUUAUUUCUCAUCUAUCCAUUCCAUCAUCUAAUCUUUCAUGCUCCGUUUCUUUUUCUUUCUUUCUUUCUUUCUUUCUUUCUUUCUUUCUUUCUUUCUUUCUUUUCUCAGAUUUAA